UAACUAUACCGCUUCCCUCGGAGGAGCCUUUAAAGCGGUCUCUGCUGACGCUGGUAGAGCCACCCUGGUAGAAAUGUUGUUGACCCUGAUCCUCACCAUGGUGGUGUGCCUGGGGGCCGUCAACAGGAAAACCCAAACGGACUCGGUUCCUUUUUGCAUUGGCCUCACUGUGGCUGCCAACAUACUUGCUGGAGGGACUUUGUCUGGAGCUUGCAUGAACCCUGCCCGUGCCUUUGGUCCUGCCAUGGCUGCCAACCACUGGGACAAUCACUGGGUCUUCUGGGUUGGACCCGUUGCUGGUGCACUGCUAACUGUCAGCAUCAUCAGGUUGUUGAUCGGUGACCAUAAAACUCGAGUUGUGCUAAAGUGAAGGCCUAAUUCAUUAAAGAGGACUGCAGAGACCACAACCAGUUGAUGGGUAUCUUGGCAUCUUUUCCAUUCGGAUGGUCAUACAUUUCUCAGCAACAUGUGAAGAAUGUGUGCCCACAGAUAUCCACCAUAACUGUUGGCUUCUAUUGUUGGGCUGGAAAAAGUCCAGGCAUAUUUAACAAUAAAAGUUUCUUCCAAACGCUCA